CACACUAGUCGACGCCCACGUCUUCAUAAUGAACACCCGCGGAAAGUCCCUCCAUUUAUAUCCCCCUUAUAGUUGUCCCUCCAAUCUUCCAUAGCCACCAUCUUAUCUCUCUCUCUCUCAUAACAAAGAAUAGAUAAUGGAUGGUAACAUCAUCUGCAUAGACGAGCUCAGCUCAACUAGCGACUCCAAUGUUAUUCCACUUCCGUCGAAAUCAUGGCAGCCACCAACGCCGCCGCAGAGCCUCUGCCGUCUUGGCAGUGGCACAAGCGUGACAUUGGACUGCGAAGGCGGCAUCAAGGCCGAGUCAAGGAAGCUGAACCCAUCCAAGUACAAGGGCGUCGUCCCUCAGCCGAACGGCCGCUGGGGCGCGCAAAACUACGAGAAGCACCAGAGGGUGUGGAUCGGCACCUUUAGUGAGGAGGAUGAGGCCGCCAUGGCCUACGACAUCGCCGCGAAGUGCUUCCGUGGCCAAGCGGCCGUCACCAACUUCAACCAGAGGUCUAACACUGAAGAUUACGAUCUUGAAGCCGCUUUCCUGAUUUCUCAUUCCAAGGCGGAGAUCGUUGACAUGCUUCGGAAGCACGCAUACUAUGAGGAGCUCGAGCAGUGCAAGAGAAGGUACGUCAACGCAAAUGGCGAUGGCAAGAGGGUGAGUAUGACGGAAGUCCUAGGAGAUCCAUCUGGACCGGGUCGGGCUGCAGCGGCUUGUCAUCUCCUUUUCCAGAAGGAGGUCACGCAGAGUGACGUAGGGAAUCUGAAUCGAUUCGUGAUUCCAAAGCAACACGCAGAGAAGCACUUCCCCCUGCACAACCGCUCGAGCCCUACGACUUCGAAGGGCACUUUGCUGACUUUCAUAGACAGUGGAGGCAAAGUGUGGAGAUUUAGGUACUUGUAUUGGAAUAGCAGCCGCAGCUACGUUCUGACGCGAGGUUGGACCCGGUUUGUGAAGGAGAAGAGCUUGAGGGCAGGAGACAUCAUCAGCUUCCACCGGUCGGCCGGGCCAGAGAAGCAGCUUCAUAUCAAUUACAUGAGGAGGAGCGGGCUCAGUCAGGCCAGGCCAGUCCAUCCGGUCCAGAAGGUGAGGUUGUUUGGGGUCGACAUCUUCCAAGUGUCGGGGACAGGCGGUGGCGUCAACUGUGGUGGUCGUUGAAGGGGAAGGAGAAUGAUCGAGGUGGAGUUAUUGUAAUUUGGAUGCAACGAGAAGGAGAUAGUGAUUAGAACAUCAUGACUGUCUCUGUCCCUGUUAUUUUUUAUUUGUUGGGCUUCUACGAUGUUGGUCGAUUCCGAAGAUGGAAGAGAUGGGAUUAGGACUUGGGAGAAGAUAGAUAAAAAUACGCAGAAAAAUUGUAUAUUUUUUGUCUCUUGUAAUGAAGAGUACGUAAGGUAUUUAUAGACCUUAUAAGGUUACUAUCUAAA